AAAAGUGCAAGGAUGUCUGCGGUGAAGACGGAAGUCGUAAAACAGAUGGUGUCAUGGAUGAGGGUGGAGUUAUGGCAAGUAAACAGUGUCGCCUGCCUUCAGUGGGUCAGUCUCUUGUAGGGACGCCUCGGGAAGAGUCCUGUGUCAGGAGUGAAGGAAGGAUCCUCUGUAAGGAGUGAGGAACAGCCCUUUGAAAGGAGGGAGGAUCCUGUAUGAGGAGUGAGGGACAGUCCUCUGUCAAGAUACAAACAAUGCGUGUGAUGGUGAUGGUAAUGGUGAUGGUGAUGGUGCUGUGUCUGGGUACAGCCGCAGCAGCCAAGAAGAAAGCGCCGGAGAAGAAAGAAGACGAGAAUAAGGAUGACUGUGAGAAAGAUCGCUCAACUCUGGCUCCCAGGAAGAGAAAUCUCUGCAACGCUAAUGAUCUGUUGUUCAUGGCGUCCAGAAAGAACACUCGUAAAGUCAAGAAACUGCUGCAACAGCCUGACACAGCCUAUCUCAUUACCUACUCUGAGAGCACCGGCAAGAAAAAGGGAUACACGGCACUGCUGUGGGCAGCUGAGACCAACAGUACUGAAGGAGUGAGAGCGCUGCUGGAUGCUGGUUCAGUUGUCAACCACAAGAGUCAGUCAGGUAUUACCGCACUCUUCCUGGUGGUGGAAAACGGUAACCGCGACUGUGUGGAGAUGAUUCUCAACAAGAAAGCUGAUCCCAACACCUUCACUGAGAACGGCUACACUCCACUCCUGAUGGCCACCUGGAAUCGUUCUCCCGAGAUCGUGAAGCUUCUCUUGGACCACAAGGCUGACCCGAACGGCAGUACACCCGACUCUCAUUACUCACCGCUGUAUCUGGCGUCUAAGAUGGGCAACUCUGUCAUAGUGCAGUCACUUCUAGCUGCACAAGCUAACGUCAAUAUUCAGACUUCUUGGGGAGUGACGCCGCUACAUUCUGCAACAUACUGGGGUCACUACGACAUAGUCAACAUACUGCUGAAGAAUGGCGCUGACCCCAACAUACAGGAGAAAGACGGUCGGUAA